AUGCGCAUGCCUCUGUCCUCAAGUUCCCAUAGAAACAAGUAUCCUCGACCUUCAACAACCCGCGCUCCCAUAUCCUCCCUGGGGAGCCAAUUCAAAUUGUUAUUUGGAAUCGAGAAUAAGGAUGAAGUCCUGGCAAUUUCGGAAAAAGUCGUGAUCCGCGUGGAAGAUCUAGUCACGUGGAUAACGUCAGAGGCGGAGUGGACCUGGGGCAGGCUGGCGAAGUGCGAAAAAGACCUCGGACCAUUGGAGGGGAACGAGGAGGGGGGAGGGGUGCCCCCCAAAAAGACGGCGGGGAUGAGUUUCAGUUUGACGGAUAACGGGUUGGAUUUCAGCGAUGUGGAUAGCGAAAGAAAAAAUUGGGAACUCCAAACGAAGCAAGAGCCCACCACCGCCCAACCGCCCCCUCGAGUCCUCAUCCUCAGCUACCCCAAGUACUGCCGCUACCGCGCCACCAUGAAACGUCUCGACGGCGUGGAAGACUCCGUCCUCAGGCGCAAGAUCGUCCACGCUUUGGGCGGCUUCUACGUGGCUCAUCCGCGCACGCGCGUGCUCUUCUGCCGCGACACUUUCGACUACCCGGAGCUGGAAGGGCACGACAUGCUGUGCAACCAUCUGGCGCCCAAGCUGAAGGGCAGGCCGCGGGGCAGGCGGAAAAAGAGGAGCGUCUCGCCCGGCUCGGAGAGCAACGAAUCGGAGGCGUCGGUUAAAGUGGGGGCUGGUUAUAAUACGAGGGGUGACAGUAAAAAUGGACUGCGCGGCGAAUCUGGCAUCACACCUCGCCGCAGCACGCGCUGUCACGAAAACAACGAGAACAGAGAAUUCGUAAGGAAACUGGGAUCUUUCAUGAAAUCAAAUCGCACCCCGAUAGGCAGAAUCCCGUCCCUAGGAUACAAAGAAUUAAACCUCCACGAGUUCUUCUCGAAAGUACAAAGGCUAGGCGGCUAUGACUCGGUGACAGGCAAUCGUUUAUGGAAAUCUAUAUUCGAGGAGAUGAGUGGACACCAGAACAGUACCAGUGCAGCUACCAUCAUAAGACGUCAUUACGAAAGGUUUUUGUUACCAUACGAACGACACGUGAGGGGAGAAGAAUACAAACCUAUACCUGGAUCAGCGAGAAGAAGAUUGAAGAGCAAGAGAGGCAGCAGCAGCCUGAGCGAUGCUGAUUCUAGUAGCUGCGACAGUAAUCCAAUGCCAUCCACUUCUACUAAAAUGCCAUCCACCACAGUUACACCCUCUGAGAAUAAGGAUAAUUCGAGGGUAGAAGGAAAACCAUCAUCCCUGAGAAGUGUCAGGGUCAAACCGGAACGACAGAAGGAAAAACGAAGCCAAAGCGAUAAGGAAACAGUCCACAACAACAACAACGGCGAAAACAACAUCAAUAACAACAGCGACAACUUCCAGCCAACGGUGAAAACAGAGACCAAAACCGAGAAGCUCAUCAUCAAAACGGAGAGCAUGACCGUGGAAACCGAACUAUCCACAGUCAUCACCCAAAGUAAUCCCGUCAAAAUAGAGUACACCACCGCGAAAAGUGAAACCAUCUCCCCCACAGCUGACCUCAACCCCGAAAAAACAAGUGAAAAUGUGACGAUAUCAGUGACAAUCGAAACCAACCUCGUGAAAACCGAAAGCUGUCCUGUCAGUUCCGUCGUCAAAUUCGAAAAUAUAUCUAACGCCUCCGUCAAAAUCGAACCAACUGAAAUAAAAAACGAAGAUAUCAAACGAGAACAAGAAGAAAUCAAGCGAGAACCCGAAGAAAUCGAGCCGCAAUCCGUGAAGACAGAGCCAGCCAGGACGAUAACACCCACCCCCGUUGCUCCAAAUUCCCCUGCGAGUGACGUCAACCUACCCGUCGAGGGCAAAGAAAACAUCCCCGUCCUCCAAACCCGCGACUCUGAAACCCCAUCUCAGCACCACUUGGAAAUGGAAACCACUCUCAAAUCAAGGCUGCCGGAGGUCGAUCCAGAGACGGACUCUUGUCGAAUAAAAAAGCGAAAGCUCGACAUACUGAAAGAGGGCGGACUGGAAGUUACCCCGGUGAAACCCAGUUCGCUCAAAGACCUCAGACCUUCCGUAAUUCAAGUAUCAACCCCUCCUGUACAAAAAAGGGAGAUCAUGCCUCCUCCCGUAGGCAUCACCGUCCAUCAAAAACGAUCGCCGAUCAACGUUCCUCAAUCCCUCAACAUCAGCCACGUCAAAGGGUCAUCGCCUAGCACCCCCACGAAAAAAGCCACGUCGCCUAGUGGCUCAUUCCCUUUCCUCACAGGUUCCACCCCUCCCAAAGUAAUGCAAUCGCGCUCCAUCUAUUCCUACUCAGAGAAAGUAGUGUACGGCAACCCUAAAGACAUUUUCCCUAAAUCAUCCCCGCACGCUCCCAAGUUCGCGCACCCCUCUUUGCCCAGACAGUCUGGGGGUGAUCCAGUAGACCUAUCAGUGAACAGCCCCCAGAAACCCUUCGUGGAAACGAUGAGAGCUCCCCCUAGCACUUCCAUCAGCCCUUACAACCGCGACAGCGUCACCAAGAACCUCUACAAAACGAAUACGCAGCUGAUGGAGGGCAGGCGACUAGGGCCCAACCUGGAGAUCACCCUUGUCGGUCCCAACAAGCCCUACACCUCCCCAACGUCCAGCAACUACCCCCAAGCGCAGAAACGCUUAUCCCCCGAGGACAACCCCAUCUCCAGGUACAACAAGAGGGUAGCUUCUGCGAAACCUAGCGUUUUCGCGAAACCCGAGCCUAUGGCGAAAAUGCCACCCCCUAAACCACACUCGAGUCCUGCCCUACCCUCCUUUCCUCCAUACCUGACGCAGCUGUACGAGCAAGUGAACAAAGGGUUGCCGCCCUAUUUGCCCUUCAUAGACCCUACGAUGUACUAUACGGCGGCGAUGCAGAACAUGUAUUCGGGGGGUAACGUCAAUUCAGCACCACCUAUGAUGCCGAUCGCCUCCGCCGAACAGUUGAAGCUCUACGCGGAGUUGAUGGCGCAUGGUCGGUUACCUUUUCCUUUUUCUUUGCAGACUGAUAAUAAUAAUACGAAGAAACAGUAGAGCGUUCGGUGUUGUCGACGUAUGCUAUUUUAUGGCUGUAAAAAUGUGUAAGUGUAAACUCGAGUUUUCGGUGUUAUUUUAUACGAUCGUGUCAAGAAAACAACGUGAGAGGAGUCCACGAAAUGAUGAUUUUUCUGUGGAAUCGAGUUAUUAACAUGUUCUUGAACACAAUGAAAUUGACUGUCUGGACUUGACAAGUUAUUACAAGUAGUGAUUUUGAGAUUUCAAGUCAUAUAUUCCAAAAAGAUAUUUUGUACUCUAAUGAGAAUACAGGCCAUUGAAGAUAAUCACAAAAAUUCUUAAAAGACCCGAUGAACUGGCGAAAUUUUUAAAAUUCAGUAAUGAAUGAUGGAGGAAUUUUUUCAACAUUAGAAAAUGAAUGAUUAUCACAAAAAAUGCUUGGACGCACUGAAAAACAGGAGGUGGCAAUGACUACUAAACUUAUCAUUUCCGAUACUUUAAUGAAAAUAGUUUCGAAUAUCAAGAAUAUGAUGAAUUACCCUCUUUUUUACAGGCCCUUGUACAUCACUUGUGCUACAAAAUCAAAAUUAUAAAAAUGAAGUUGAUACUUAUAUUGCUCAUUAUUAAUUUCUCUUUUUCGAUUUCAACUGAAUGAGUACGAUCGUAUAAAAAAUACUGUACUUAUGUGACAAAUGCUAAAAGAAUGUUCAAAAACAGCCUAGGGACUUUUCAAUUUUUCAUCGUGAGCUAUAAAACUAUCUUUUAGCAUUUGUUGGAUAAAUCGCUUUUAUUGGUGACGAUAAAUUCAUAAUAAUAUAUGGAACUUAUUGAAAUCAAAACAAGAUUUAAUCAAAUUUGUACCCUCACUGCCCUAGUUUUCACAAAAUAUUCAACUGGUUUUAAUUCCAUCAGAUGAAAUAAUUUUUGAAUUUAUAAUUUUUCCACUCAUUUCUACCCACCCUUCAAAACAUUCAAUAUUUACUUGUUGGAAUAAUAUUUUUAUUUUAUGUGUUGUUUCUUUGAAUUUACCAGAGAAUGGUUUUUGUGUUUCAUGUAACAGAAUAUGUAUCAUUUGUUGUUGUAUAAAUCGGUGGAACAUUUUGUUUGUAAACCAAAAGGCCAGAUUAUAUAGAUAGUGUCUGUGAUUUUUAUUAUAAAUAGAUUAUAAUAGCAAACCACUUUUUUGUACAUAUAUUAAGCUGAUUGCCUUUUAUUUCCAUAUUGAUAGUUGUAUAUAAUAUGUUAACUUUUAUAAUUAAGUUUAGUUCACUUUGUUAGAUACUUCCAUUAUGAAUAAAUACCAAUAAUAAAAU